GAUUUCUGCACAAACACGAUCCGCAAGACCUGCUGUAAACUCACGCGCUCGUCAAGUGUGCAAACUGAAGGAUACGUUGUUUACACAACAAGAGAGACGGGAUCCUAAAGAUAUGAACGCACCGAGGAUUUAAACAACAAAAAUAAAUCAAAAGAGAACAUCAGGAAAUACCACGCAGGGUGAAAUGACAUGACAUGAUGUCCACGCAGAGCUCGUGAGAGGAGAGUUGUUGCUGCAGCACGCGGUCUACGCACUCGCGUCAUUUGUGUCCUGAAAAGAAAGCACUGGAUUUGCGCGUUUACAUUUCAGUACAGAAGCAUCUGAAAUUUUUUUAAAAAGCUGCUCGGGUGGAAGGAGGAGGAACCGGGAUCAGCGCCGCGGCGGCGGGACCGACUGGAGCCGAGAGAGAGAGGGAGAGAGAGAGAGAGAGAGAGAGAGAGAGAGAGAGAGAGAGUAAAAAUAAACGCCGACUCUCUCUCUUCCUCGUGACAUUUAAAUACGCACCGGCACGAGAAGAGGACACAUCCGGGUCUCCCGGUGAACGCAACGCACGCGGGUGGGAAGUCUCCGUCCCAUGUCGCUAUGGUGACCGACUGAACUGAGGGAGACUCGCGUGCGCCGGAGGAGGAGGGUGACGGCAAAAAAGGGUGCAUGACACCAGACGGGUUUAAACUUUGUUUUGAAAAAGUGUUUGGGAAUUGCAUCCAAUAUAUUUGAUCUAAGCGCGAGGAAAGGAGAAAUCGAGAAAACUGACACGGUAGAAAGUGACUCCGGUUCCAGGUCAUUCAAACCGCGCCGCUUCAUUUAAAAGAAGGAAGCUGUCGUGCUGCUUGGACUACUGUUUAUGGUGCGCGCGUGCGGAUCUGGGAGCGUACGUUAUUAAACCACCCCCCUAUCUGCUGUUCUUCUUCUUCUUCUUCUUCUUCUUCAUCUUCUUCUUCUUCUUCUUCUUCUUCUUCUACAUUAGUGAUAUAAUCACCAUGCGACUAUCCCGCGCGCUGCUGCUCGUAUGCGCUCUGUUGACGCUCGUGCUGCUGGUGUGCGCACGCCGCGGCGCUGACGCUGCUCACCGUUACCUGAGGCUUCGCCCUUCGCCGAGCGAGCACCUGCCCGUACCGGAGAUAAUAGAGGACCCGAACCCGGAGUACGACCCUCGCGAGCAGGACCUGUCCGAACGCGCGCUGCGAAAGAAGCUGGGAAGCGGCUUCGACGGCGACUUCAUGUCCGUGAGCGCGCCCACGCAGCUGCUAAUCAUCAACUCCACCGCCACCGCUAGUCCGAGCUCCUCUGCUUACGCGCACGCGCCUAGCGGUGCCAUGCCGGCCGAGAUCAGGAGGCUGGACCUGACGCAGACGCCAUACGGGCUCCGUGUGAAGGUGGGCAAGAAGGCUCGGCGAAAGUUCCUGCAAUGGCUGUGGACGCACACGCACUGCCCCGUCGUCCACGUGUGGAAGGACCUCGGCGUGCGCUUCUGGCCGCGUUACGUCAAAGAGGGGCACUGCUUCAGAGAGCGCUCGUGUUCACUACCCGAGGGUAUGUUCUGCAAACCAACAAAGUCCGUCACCAAGACAUUUCUGCGCUGGUACUGCCAGGGCUUCCUGCCCCAAAAAUACUGCACGUGGAUCUCCGUGCACUACCCCAUCAUCUCUGAGUGCAAGUGUUCCUGCUGAGUCUGUGUGUGUGUGUGUGUGCGACAGAGAGAGAGAGAGAGAGAGAGAGAGAGAGAGAGAGAGAGAGAGAGAGAGAGAGAGAAUUCAAUAAUAUAAUAUGAGAGGAAGAGAAAACACGAGAGAAUGCGCGCGUGUGUGUGGGCGCACCUCUGUGAAGUUGCACGGACUGAGAUGUGCUCUUCUGAUGACAAACAAUAAAUAAUAGUCAUUAUAAUAAUUUUAUUGUUGCACUGUGUUCUCGCGAACUGAAAAGUCUGUGUGUGUGUGUGUGUGUGUGUAUGCGUGUGCGUGCGCGCGCAGGUGUGUGUUUGUGUGUUUGCGCAGGUGUGUGUGUGUGUGCGUGCGCGCGCGCGCUCAGGGGUGUGUGUGUGAGGCGCAAUAUAGCAAAUCUAUUUUUUUAUAUAUAGCAUUUUGAUUUAAAAAUAAAGUAAUAAUAUACCUGUACAUAAUGAAAUUAUAGAAUGAAGGAAAUGAUGCAGCUACUCUUGUUAUUAUUAUUAUUAUUAUGAUUAUGAUUAUUAUUAUUAUUUUAUUGUUGUUGUUGUUGUUGUUGUUGUGUUAAAUGAGCAGGACCACGCGCACAGAGGAGAACCUUUCCGGAAGUGCUCUUGUCCCGGAAGUGCUUUAACUGACUGACUGACUCACUGCCAUGCUGCCUACAGCUUUUUAUAUCCUAUUAAUAAUAAUAAUUAUAAUAGUAAUAACAACUAUAAUUAUAAAAUGGAACAUAAAAGAUGAAGCUCUAUAUUUUAAGUGUGAAUUAAGUAUUUUAUUGUUGCAAAAAUUUAAAUAGUAUUUUAAUAAAUACUGUGUCAUGUUUA